AUGGACGACGGCAAUCUUGGAGAGAAUAUUCAGGAGGAGACUGAGGCUUUCGAAGAGACUAUCUCUCACGAGAAACGUAUAGAAAAUGACAAGGCUCAUCUAUCACCAAACCGCUGGUGGUUUGCCUCGUCGGCAUUCCCCAUGAUCGCUGGCACACUCGGUCCCGUUGCUUCAGCUUUCAGUAUAUGCGCUCUCGUCCGACCAUGGAGACAGCAUCGACCUCCAGGUCAAAUCGUCAAGACAGCUCCCUUUGUCGCCGAUCCCAUCUGGCUCACCGUCAUCAACGCUAUUCAGCUUGCCAUGGCUAUCAUCUCAAACAUGUUUCUCCUACUAAACAUGACGCGCCGUGUUCGCUUCACAAUCGCUCAGCCCAUCACCAUAAUCGGCUGGUACAUCUCUGCCAUCCUGCUCAUUUCUCUCCUCGCUACAGCUGCUGGUCCUCUGUACGAAGGGUUCAAGUAUCCUGCUGAUGAACUUAUCUGGUCGCAGGCCUUUUACUACGGCAUGUGGGCUGCUAUUCUCUACUUUGUUGACGCUUCGCUCAUGUUGGUGACUUUUUAUGGUGCAUGGACUGGCCAUUAUAACAAAGACUUUAACCUCACGCCCAGUCAACGAACACUCAUGCUGCAGACCAUCAUGUUUUUGUUUUACUUACUUCUCGGUGCCCUUGUAUUCUCCAACAUAGAAGGCUGGAACUACCUUGAUGCUGUCUACUGGGCAGACGUAACGCUUUUCACAGUCGGUUUCGGUGACUUCAGAGCAGAAACCAACCUCGGCCGAGCUCUGAUGAUGCCCUACGCCUUGGUAGGUGUUAUCAGUCUAGGUUUGGUCGUCGGUUCUAUUCGAAGUCUUGUUCUCGAGCGAGGCAAACGCCAAGUCGAUGCUAGAAUGGAGGAGAAGAAACGUAGACGUAUAGUCCGGACAAUGACCAAGAAAGGUGAAGACGAAAUGCUCGAACCUAUCCGUGAGCCACAAAAGCAGAUGCCCCAGCGUGCAGAUUCGGAUCUUCAACAGCCUGCAACGGAAUUCGAGCGUCGAAAAGCAGAAUUCGAGCUCAUGCGCAAGAUUCAGGCUCAAACAUCCUCUCGUCGUCGCUGGAUGGCCAUGGCAAUAUCCACAGGCACCUGGCUUCUCCUCUGGCUUCUGGGCGCAUACAUCUUUGUCAAGUGUGAAGAGAAUUACCAAGGCUGGGACUACUUUGACGGCUUUUACUUCUGUUUUGUUACUCUUACCACUAUCGGAUACGGCGACGUGACUCCUGCUUCUAAUGCUGGCAAGUCCUUCUUCGUCUUUUGGUCUUUACUUGCGUUACCUACCAUGACUGUUCUCAUAUCCAACGCCGGAGACACGAUCAUCAAGAUUAUACGUGACGGAACCUUGCGGCUAGGAAACGUCACUAUUCUUCCUGGGGAAGAGGGCAGUUUCUCGGACGAUCUCAAGUAUAUUAUUCACAGUUGUACGUUUGGACAUGUGUUUCCCGACCAUAAGGAGCCAGCGCAACCUUCGCAAACCAAAAAGAUGCCUUCGGCUCAAGAUUCUAGCGGUGAUGCCGCCGCAGCUUUUAUUGAUAUGGAACAAGGACCUGAUAAAAACGAUUCACGAGGGAGGUCGAGAGAUUCUAGGACGGAUGAAGGUCCGUAUAAAGAGCGACCGGACCACAGUCGACAUAACUCGACCUUUACCACUCGAGUCCGACGUUCACUAUCCCGUCUACGAGACGCUCACGAGGAUCUACCAACAGGAACCAAUUUCCACUUCCUCCUCAUCUCCGAAAUCCAAGCUCUCACCGCACAUCUCAAAUCCCAAAAGCCACACAAAUACUCAUUUGAAGAAUGGGCAUGGUAUCUGAAACUCAUCGGCGAAGACGAAGGCAGUGCCGACACGCACUUAAAAGCCCAGCCAAAACCCAAGAACCACCAUCGACAUCACCACAACAAGAAAGCCGAUGAGUCUCCUGAAAAAGGUACCGAGGAGAAGACAGAUUCGGAACAUGUUACGGCUUGGUCCUGGGUGGGAAAUCGGAGUCCGCUUAUGGGGAGUCAGGAAGAGACUGAGUGGAUUCUUGACAGACUUAUGGAGCGACUUCGUGAGUCUUUGUCGUCUGAGGGGAGGAAGCAGGUUACUAGUGAUGCUAGGAGAGCUCUUGGUGCAGACCGUCGACGGUCAUCACAUGAUGUCUCGCGGAAGAAACGUCGUGAAGAACAUAUCUAG